UACCCAGUGACACCUUGUGGGCGAUGUUAUCCGGAUGACCACUGUCCAAACAUUGGCCCAAAGUCUGUCGGAAGCUCCGCGGUGAUUGGCCCAGGCGCCCGUCAGUUACUGCGGGGCGCAGUUGACUUUUGCUGUUAAGCCUGCGUGAGGAAGGAGGGAGAGCAGAGCUAGUAGAGCCGGGCGGCGCCCUCCGAGCGGAGUGAGUGACCUCUACUUCCGCGCGUCUCGCCGCCCGUUCGGACACCUGCACCGUCGCUCCCCGGAGGGAGCACACAUGCGCAGAUGAUUGGUACAAGAAGGAAAUUUUGAACAGCAGAAAAAGUAAGGCCACUAUCUUUAAAGCCCUUUCAGCUUGAAGCUGAUGGACAUUGUGUGGGCCGGAGGCAGGGAUGGUCGGCUAUGACCCCAAAGCAGAUGACAGGAGUAUCUCCAAAUUGGAGGUGGCCGUGUCUGGGUCCGUGUCUGGACUUGUCACUCGGGCGCUGAUCAGCCCCUUGGACGUCAUCAAGAUCCGUUUCCAGCUUCAGAUUGAGCGCCUGUCUCGCAGGGACCCCAACGCGAAGUACCAUGGGAUCCUGCAGGCCGGGAGGCAGAUCCUGCGGGAGGAGGGCCCGACCGCCUUCUGGAAGGGACACAUUCCAGCCCAGCUUCUCUCCAUCGGCUAUGGAGCCGUCCAAUUUUUGUCGUUUGAAAUGCUGACCGAGCUGGUGCACAGAGCCGGCGUGCACAGUGCCCGCGACUUCUCCGUGCACUUCGUGUGCGGCGGCCUGUCUGCCUGCGUGGCCACCCUCACCGUGCACCCCGUGGACGUCCUGCGCACCCGCUUUGCAGCUCAGGGUGAGCCCAAGGUGUACAAAACCCUGCGGGCCGCCGUGGCCACCAUGUACAGGACCGAAGGCCCCCUGGUCUUCUACAAAGGCCUGAACCCCACCUUGAUCGCCAUCUUCCCCUACGCCGGCUUCCAGUUCUCCUUCUACAACUCCCUGAAGCACGUGUACGAGUGGGUCACGCCAGCCGAAGGAAAGAAAAACGGGAACCUCAAAAACCUGCUCUGCGGCAGUGGAGCCGGAGUCAUCAGCAAGACCCUCACGUAUCCCCUGGACCUCUUCAAGAAGCGGCUGCAGGUCGGAGGGUUCGAGCAGGCCCGAGCCAGCUUCGGCCAGGUUCGAAGCUACCAGGGCCUCCUGGAUUGCGCCAGGCAGGUGCUGCGGGAGGAAGGCGUGCCGGGCUUCUUCAAGGGCCUGUCCCCCAGCCUGCUGAAGGCUGCCCUCUCCACCGGCCUCAUGUUCUUCUGGUACGAGUUCUUCUGUAACCUCUUCCACCGCGCGAAGAAGGCGGACAGCUAGCCCUGGGACCGGAAGGUGGCCUAAGGUCUCUCCCCGAGCGACCUCCUGAAGUAAGACUUGAUCCACCAUCUCUGCUGCACUGAGAGGCGCCACCUGGUCCACCCUCCGGCCAGCUGUCCGGAGCAUGACGAGCACCGGGAGGCCGCAGCCUCGACCCCACCGGCUGGAGGCCACCAGGAGGGCAAGGGCUCUCUCCCUGCGGGACCCGGGGAGGACAGGACAUGGUGGGAUCCCAGCCGCUCCAGUCAAGGAGCUUGAAGUCGCCCCUCCGUCUAUCCCGCAGCCUAAGGCAGGUGGGGAUCCUUUUUCCUGCCAGGGGCCAUUUGGAUAUUUAUAACAUCAUUCGCUGGCCAUUCAAAAUUAUCGUCUUAAACAUUAGCCUGCUGUAUUUGGUCAGACAUUGAACUAACUCGCCCUGAUGCCUCGGCAGGGCCAGACCAAAUGAUUUCUUGGGCCUUAUACCUUUCCCACCCCUGGUCUAAGGGGAGCAGCUGCCUGCCCUUAGCCCGUCUGCCUCCAGAGCUCUCCGGACCCUGGGUGGGGCCACAGCCUAGGUUGACGGCUGGGACUCGCCAGAGGCAGGGGUCUGGUCCCCACACCUGGGCUCUGGUUCCCGCCAACUUGCUUAAUAGACACUAAGGCUAAAGGCACGUUCCUUACCUUCCCCCUCCACCUUCUCUCCCAGUCACACCUCCCCUGGACACCAGCUGUGCCCGGCCGUCCCCAAAUUCCAUUUUCUCAGGAGUGUGGGGCUCAGGCAGCUUGGCUUCUAGUUCUGGGAGAGGAAUCCAAGCUGAAUU